GCUGUAGGGUUUAUGGCUAUGCUGUGGCUUUCACUCGUCAGUCCACCGCGAACACGAGGCGAGGGUUAGUUCUCUCUACUAUCUGCGCUUUUUCAUUGACGUCCUAAUUUAAACCUCACAAAGUUUCCGACUUAAAGUAAGUGAUCCGACGGACUCUAAAGCAAUGGGAAAUUUUCGAUUAGUUUCACGGAAGUUGUGGCGGAUCCGGAGAACCCUCGAUCAAAGCCCUGCUUUCUCUUUGCAAUCUAAUCUCCGCGGCGCAACAGUUGCUCGCCAUUUCGGGUCAGCAGCAGAGCAAUCAGCCCCGGCGGCGCCGUCGGAAAGGUUAUCGGGCAUCGUGGACGAACUCUCGGGUUUAACUCUUCUGGAAAUCUCGGACCUAACGGAGGUUUUGCGGAACAAGUUGGAUAUGAAAGAGAUGCCGGCGAUGGCCAUGAUGAUGCCAGGGAUGGGGUUCAGUGGCAUGCCGGGAGCUGGAAGGGGAGCCGGCGGUGCUGCGGCUGCAGGAAAAGGGGAGGAGAAAGCGGAGAAGACGGUGUUUGAUGUGAAGUUAGAUGGCUACGAGGCGGCGGCCAAGAUCAAGGUGAUUAAGGAAGUGAGAGGGUUUACUAAUCUGGGUCUGAAGGAAGCCAAGGACUUGGUGGAGAAAUCUCCUACGUUGUUGAAGAAAGGGGUGACGAAAGAGGAAGCUGAGAAGAUCAUUGCCAAAAUGAAGGAAGUUGGGGCCAAAGUUAGCAUGGAGUGAGCAAUGUGAGUUCUCUUCGUCUUUCCAGAACUUGAUUACUUUGAACAAGAUUCGCAGCGGAACUUGUACUUGAACACUUGCAUGCAUAUACGUUGUUAGUUCUUUUUGAUGAAUGCCUAUUUAGCCCUCCCAGGCAGCUGUGUUCAUGAGGGGGAAUCUUAUCUUAUACAUAGUCAUAGAUGAAUGCCUUUGCAAAACGUAAAGAAAUAGUCUGGACCUGGACGAAUGUGGUUGAUUCCUACUCGUCUGUGUUUCGGAUUUGAAGUCAUAUGUUGCUCAAUCCUUUAGAAGUUGCUUUCUCUAAAAUUGCAAUAAUUUGUUAAAGCAAAUAUGCAAGGUAGUGAUAAGAAUGAAUUGCGAGCAUAAAGAAUGAGACUAGAUAUUAGAAAGACUAGUGAAUUUUGCAACUGAUGCUAGAUUCUGUCAUGGUAUCGAUGUAUUUGUGUUUUCCCUUUUUCCAUGUUUUAAGUUGCAUAUGAAUGCCAGUCUGGUUGUUAAGUAAUUGGCACGCUUGAGAAGAAGAAGAUAGGAGGGAAGGGCGGGAUUUAUUUUGUUUUGUUUUGGUGAGCUUUGAGGAAGGUUGGUAAGAUAUGGUGUGUGUACAUUGUUUGGCUUGGUCAAGAAUCCAUGUAGUAGUAUGUUCGUUGAGAAAGAUUAUUGUGUUGGGGGAAAUGACAACCUCUUUACAUUUUGUUUAAGCUUCUCAUUUCUGAAUGUAGGAACUGCUGUAGUAAGAACAACGACAACCCACUAAUGCAUUUUUUCAUGUUCAGACAUCCAUUGAUGGCACAAGUUCAGCUAAAAAAACAGGGUACAGCAGUUGAAUUGCAGGUCAUGUGGGAAGAGACCGAUGCAUUGAGCUGUACUUUCUGGCUGGGACAAUAUCUGAAGUUUAGAAUUUCCUUGAUAAUACCAGAAGAAACUUCUUCUAUGACAAGGAACUUGCUCAUAUGCUCUUUGAGUUGGAAGAAGCAAGUCUUGGACAGACUACCUGUUUUCUGUUAACUUGUUUUGAAACUCGGGCGAUGGAUACCGAGUGAUGCCCGUUGUUGCAGAAUUUGGGUUUCAAUCCAUGGAAUUGGGUUUGGGUCAAGUAAACCAAAUUCGAUUGUAACUCUCUCUGCAGUUUUGCAGUAUCGAAAUUGCACUCUCCUCUUUUGGAUCGCUCUCUCACAUGUACAUGCUUUUGAUUCUCCAUCAAUCCAAAUGCUUUAUUCAUAUAAGCCCACAUACCGAAGACAAAAAAUUAUGAUCGAUUGC